AUGGAAAGCAUGGAAGAUAAAGAACCAGCUUUGAAACGAGCAAAAUUGUCUUCUAAAGAGUUAGUCAGUUUCUCUAACGGUUCAUCUUCUAUGGUGCAUGUUGUAUGUUCAAGUGACAUAUCAGAUAAAGAGGACGACGAAAAUGUUGCUUCAAAAGGGGUCUUAAAAAGAGGGGAGUUUGUACGGAUGAUCACUAAGGCAUUGUAUUCUCUUGGUUACAGGAAGAGUGGGGAACACUUAGAGGAGGAGUCUGGCAUACCUCUGAAUUCUUUUGUGGUGAAUCUGUUUAAGCAGCAGAUACUUGAUGGUGACUGGGACAAAAGUGUAGCCACAUUGAAUCAAAUUGGUCUAGAAGAUGAAAGCAUUAUCAAGGCCGCCACAAUUUUAAUAUUAGAGCAGAAAUUUUUUGAGCUUCUUGGCGAGGAUAAGGUCAUGGAGGCAUUGAAGACAUUGAGGACUGAGAUUACACAUCUUUGUGUUGAUAGUACUAAAAUUCGCAAACUUUCUUCAUGCAUGUUGUCACCGUCUGGCCAAGGUUUGAGGACUCGGUCGAAACUGUUGGAGGAACUAGAGGAUCUGAUUCCCCCGACUGUGAUGAUACCUGAAAAGAGAUUGGAACGUCUUGUUGAACAAGCCCUCAUCUUGCAACGAGUAGCUUCCUUGUGUCACAACUCAUUGAAUAAGAAAAUGACAUUGAAUCCAGAUCAUUCCGAAGGAAAAUCUCAGAUAACUUUUGAUCAAUUAGCUAAUGCUUCUACUGUUUCUGAUUAUAAUGAUGACGAAGUAGUGACCUUGACCAGAGCAGAUUUUGAAAGAUUUGCCGAAUGUGCUCAAAGAGUGGACAGGCUAGAAGAAGACUACAAGAAGUUGGUGAGCAUGCUUUCUGAAGUCGUGAACCUACUUCGAGUUCUUCCUCGGUAG